AAAGGAAUGGCAUUUUAGAGAAUAUUGAGAAAGACGAUCCCUUUAUUACUCCAAACCAAUUAUAUUAUAUUAUAAACAAAUACCCAUAAAAAUAUCUACAACUGAGCUUCUCAGAUUUCUUCCGUUUCGUUCACUUUAAUCAUGAAUUGCCUUCAAAAUCUCCCAAGAUCAUGUAAUUCGAUUAUGUCUUCGCGAAAGUUCAAAUUCCAAUCGGCAAGUCAUACAUGUUUUGUUAAAUUGGCGAUGAAUCAUCGAGAGAAGCGGUUGAUGAAUGCUACUGCUUUUCGCCAGAUUUGUUUGAUGCAGGCAACACCUAGUUCAACAUCCGGUGUCAGCACGGAAGAUACAAAAGAGAGUGAAGAGAAAUCUGACAUUUAUAGUAAUAACAUGACUGAAGCAAUGGGGGCUGUCUUGACGUAUAGGCAUGAACUUGGAAUGAACUACAAUUUUAUUACUCCGGAUUUGAUCGUCGGGUCAUGUCUGCAGACUCCUGCAGACGUUGACAAGCUUCGGAGUAUUGGGGUAAAAACCAUUUAUUGCUUGCAACAGAAUUCAGAUCUUGAAUAUUUUAGUGUGGACAUUGAAGCUAUUCGCGAGUAUGCUAGCACUUUCGAUGACAUUGAACACUUACGCGCAGAAAUAAGGGACUUUGAUGCAUUUGAUUUGAGGCUAAGGCUUCCGUGUGUUGUGAGCAAACUGCAUAAAGCCAUCAACCGAAAUGGCGGAAUAGCUUAUAUACAUUGUACAGCUGGGCUUGGAAGAGCUCCUGGAACUGCGUUGGCAUACAUGUUCUGGGUUCAAGAUUAUAAACUGAAUGAUGCACUCACUUUGCUACUGAGUAAGCGUUCUUGUUUUCCCAAAAUGGAUGCUAUAAAAAGUGCCACGGUCGAUAUUCUUACAGGCCUAAAAAGGAAACCUGUGACGUUGACAUGGAAGGGCGCUGAAUGUUCUUCCGUCGAAAUAUCUGGACUUGAUAUUGGGUGGGGUCAGAGAAUUCCACUGAAAUAUAUUGAGAGUCAAGGCUCGUGGACUCUUCAUAGAGAUCUGCCGGAAGGGCGUUACGAGUACAAAUACAUCGUCGAUGGUGAAUGGGUGACCAAUAAACAUGAACUGUUAACUCCGGUCGAUGACAAAGGGAACAUCAACAACUACCUCCAGGUAAGUGAUGAUGAUCCAGAGAGCUUAAGCACUGCAUUGUGGGAGAGAUUGCUUAGUGAUGAUUUUGAUCUAACAACCGAUGAGCGACAAGUCGUAAAGCAGUUCCUUGACGACUGCCCAGAUGCUGAGUAACUGUAUUCCAAACCCAAAAGGAUACAACGCUUUUGGCGGCAUGCACAACUGUUUAUCUGUAGAUGCCAAUGCUAGAGGUUGAAGUACAAGUUUUAAUGCUAGCAGGUGGGUUAAUUGGUAAUGUAGCAAUACUUGUUACACGUAAUAAACAUAUGUUACAACCAGUAUGGAAAUGUUUAUUUAUUCAAUAAAUGCUAUAGUGGUGUUAGCCUGUUAGGAAAUGUUUAUUAGGAUCAAUAUACGUCAGUCACAGAAAAAAAAUGAAAAACUCAUUUUCAUUG